AUGGUUAUCAUCUCUGGUACAUCUGCAACAGACAUUUGUCCAGCAGCUGAACUAGGACAAUCCACUUCACUACGUCAGCUAGGACACCCUACCGGACUACGCCAGCUAGGACACUCCACUGGACUACGUCAGCUAGGACAAUCCACUUCACUACGUCAGCUAGGACACCCUACCGGACUACGCCAGCUAGGACACUCCACUGGAGUACGUCAGCUAGGACACUCCACUACUAAACUACGUCAGCUAGGACAUUCUACUGGACUACGUCAGCUAAGACACUCCACUGGAAUACGUCAGCUAGGACAAUCCACUUCACUACGUCAGCUAGGACAAUCCACUUCACUACGUCAGCUAGGACAGUCCAAGGGACUACGCCAGCUAGGACACUCCACUGGAAUACGUCAGCUAGGACACUCCACUGGAGUACGUCAGCUAGGACAAUCCACUUCACUUCGUCAGCUAGGACAGUCCACUGGAGUACGUCAGCUAGGACAAUCUACUUCACUACGUCAGCUAGGACAAUCCACUUCACUACGUCAGCUAGGACACUCCACUGGAGUACGUCAGCUAGGACAAUCCACUUCACUACGUCAGCUAGGACAGUCCACGGGAGUACGUCAGCUAGGACACUCCACUGAACUACGUCAGCUAGGACUCUCCACUGGAGUACGUCAGCUAGGAAACUCCACUGGAAUACGUCAGCUAGGACACUCCACUGAACUACGUCAGCUAGGACACUCUACUGGACUACGUCAGCUAGGACACUCCACUGAACUACGUCAGCUAGGACAAUCCAAUGGAAUACGUCAGCUAGGUCAAUCCACUUCACUACGUCAGCUAGGACAAUCCACCUCACUACGUCAGCUAGGACACUCCACUACUAGACGACGUCAGCUAGGACAUUCUACUGGACUACGUCAGCUAGGACACUCCACUGGAGUACGUCAGCUAGGACACUCUACUGGACUACGUCAGCUAAGACAUUCCACUGGAGUACGUCAGCUAGGACACUCUACUAGACUACGUCAGCUAGGACAUUCCACUGGAGUACGUCAGAUAGGACACUCCACUGGAGUACGUCAGCUAGGACACUCCACUGAAGUACGUCAGCUAGGACACUCUACUGGAAUACGUCAGCUAGGACAUUCUACUGGAAUACGUCAGCUAGGACAUUCUACUGGAGUACGUCAGCUAGGACACUCCACUGGAGUACGUCAGCUAGGACACUUUACUAAACUACGUCAGCUAGGACAUUCUACUGGAGUACGUCAGCUAGGACAUUCUACUGGAGUACGUCAGCUAGGACACUCCACUGAAGUACGUCAGCUAGGACACUCCACUGGAGUACGUCAGCUAGGACAUUCCACUGGAGUACGUCAGCUAGGACACUCUACUGGACUACGUCAGCUAGGACACUCCACUGAACUACGUCAGCUAGGACAAUCCACUUCACUUCGUCAGCUAGGACAGUCCACUGGAGUACGUCAGCUAGGACAAUCCACUUCACUACGUCAGCUAGGACAAUCUACUUCACUACGUCAGCUAGGACAAUCCACUUCACUACGUCAGCUAGGACACUCCACUGGAGUACGUCAGCUAGGACAAUCCACUUCACUACGUCAGCUAGGACAGUCCACGGGAGUACGUCAGCUAGGACACUCCACUGAACUACGUCAGCUAGGACUCUCCACUGGAGUACGUCAGCUAGGACACUCCACUGGAAUACGUCAGCUAGGACACUCCACUGAACUACGUCAGCUAGGACAAUCCAAUGGAAUACGUCAGCUAGGUCAAUCCACUUCACUACGUCAGCUAGGACAAUCCACGUCACUACGUCAGCUAGGACACUCCACUACUAGACUACGUCAGCUAGGACAUUCUACUGGACUACGUCAGCUAGGACACUCCACUGGAGUACGUCAGCUAGGACACUCUACUGGACUACGUCAGCUAAGCCAUUCCACUGGAGUACGUCAGCUAGGACACUCUACUGGACUACGUCAGCUAGGACAUUCCACUGGAGUACGUCAGAUAGGACACUCCACUGGAGUACGUCAGCUAGGACACUCCACUGAAGUACGUCAGCUAGGACACUCUACUGGAAUACGUCAGCUAGGACAUUCUACUGGAAUAUGUCAGCUAGGACAUUCUACUGGAGUACGUCAGCUAGGACACUCCACUGGAGUACGUCAGCUAGGACACUCUACUAAACUACGUCAGCUAGGACAUUCUACUGGAGUACGUCAGCUAGGACAUUCUAAAGGAGUACGUCAGCUAGGACACUCCACUGAAGUACGUCAGCUAGGACACUCCACUGGAGUACGUCAGCUAGGACAUUCCACUGGAGUACGUCAGCUAGGACACUCUACUGGACUACGUCAGCUAGGACACUCCACUGAACUACGUCAGCUAGGACAAUCCACUUCACUUCGUCAGCUAGGACAGUCCACUGGACUAGGACACCCUACCGGACUACGCCAGCUAGGACACUCCACUGGACUACGUCAGCUAGGACAAUCCACUUCACUACGUCAGCUAGGACACCCUACCGGACUACGCCAGCUAGGACACUCCACUGGAGUACGUCAGCUAGGACACUCCACUACUAAACUACGUCAGCUAGGACAUUAUACUGGACUACGUCAGCUAAGACACUCCACUGGAGUACGUCAGCUAGGACAAUCCACUUCACUACGUCAGCUAGGACAAUCCACUUCACUACGUCAGCUAGGACAGUCCAUGGGAGUACGUCAGCUAGGACACUCCACUGAACUACGUCAGCUAGGACAAUCCACUUCACUUCGUCAGCUAGGACAGUCCACUGGAGUACGUCAGCUAGGACAAUCCAAUGGAGUACGUCAGUUAGGACACUCCACUACUAAACUACGUCAGCUAGGACACUCUACCGGACUACGCCAGCUAGGACACUCUACUGGAAUACGUCAGCUAGGACAAUCCACUUCACUACGUGAGCUAGGACAGUCCACUGGAGUACGUCAGCUAGGACAAUCCACUUCACUACGUCAGCUAGGACAAUCCACUUCACUACGUCAGCUAGGACAUUCUACUGGAGUACGUCAGCUAGGACACUCCACUGGAGUACGUCAGCUAGGACACUCCACUAGACUACGUCAGCUAGGACACUCCACUGAACUACGUCAGCUAGGACACUCUACUGGACUACGUCAGCUAGGACACUACACUGGAGUACGUCAGCUAGGACACUCCACUGGACUACGUCAGCUAGGACAUUCCACUGGACUAUGUCAGCUAGGACACUCCACUGGAAUACAUCAGCUAGGACACUCCACUAGAGUCGCUUAG